AUGGCUAACAGUAAUCUGGAGAAUUUCGAAGAAGCGCGAAUUGCAUAUGAAGAUUUCGAAGCGUUUGCGAGACGGCUCGAGCGGAAUCCUGGAUCGCCGAGAAUUCACGGAGAUCCGACAGAUAGGAAUGAAUGUAAUGUCCGUUUGGGAAUAAAACAGAAAGUGUUCCUUUGCUCGUCGCGUGUUUGCACACUUGACUACCGUAGUCCUCUUUCAGCGUUUGAAGAACUCUGCCACAGUUUGCGAAAAUGCGGAAAGUCUAGCCAACAGGAAAUCAAGCAAGGCGCGUAUUUAGGAAUUAUCACCAAAGAAGAUUCACAAAAGAAAAUCAAUAAUAAUGGCCAAUUCGCAAUUUAUCACCGACUUCCUCGCUCCAUGGCUGUCAGAUUGAGCUCGAAGCGUUUUUCGAACGAUGAUUUAGAGCCGCUGCCAACGCUUUACCUCAACAUUGUCUACAAGAGAACAAGUGGAGAAUACAGACAUUAUCCAAUCAUCGAAAUUGAAAAUAUUGGUGCUGAUUCGAAACCUCAAAAGCUUUAUCAAGUGAUCCGCAAACAAGAAUCCAAUCAGUUUUUGUAUGGCUCGGAUUCGCGUAAAGCGCCGGAACCGCUUUUCACCACCAUCGAAAAGCUGCUUGAUCAUUAUUCAAAAUUUGCAUAUGGCUACAAAUUCAACGAAGACGGUGGAAUCGACGUCGAUGUGUUUUGA